AUGGGCUCCGUGCUCAGCAGCGAUAGCGGCAAAUCCGCGUCCGCCUCUGCUGCCCCGCGGACCCUGGUGCGCAGGGGGCACCCCGAACUGCCCGUCACGUCCUUCGACUGUUCAGUGUGCCUCGAGGUGUUGCACCAGCCUGUGCGGACCCGUUGUGGCCACGUAUUCUGCCGUUCCUGUAUUGCUACCAGUCUAAAGAACAAUAAGUGGACCUGUCCUUAUUGCCGGGCAUAUCUUCCUUCAGAAGGAGUUCCAGCAACGGAUGUAGCCAAAAGAAUGAAAUCAGAGUACCAGAAUUGCACCGAGUGUGACACCCUGGUUUGCCUCAGUGAAAUGAGAGAACAUAUAAGGACUUGCCAGAAGUAUAUAGAUAAAUAUGGACCACUACAAGAACUUGGGGAGACAGCAACAAGGUGUAUAUGUCCAUUUUGUCAGAAGGAAUUGGAUGAAGACAGCUUGCUGGAUCACUGUAUUACUCAUCACAGAUCGGAAAGGAGACCUGUAUUCUGCCCACUUUGCCGUUUAAUACCUAAUGAGAAUUCAAGCAGCUUCAAUGGCAGUUUAAUAAGACAUUUGCAAGUUAGUCACACUUUGUUUUAUGAUGAUUUCAUAGAUUUUAAUAUAAUUGAGGAAGCUCUUAUCAGAAGAGUCUUAGACCGGUCACUUCUUGAAUUUGUGAAUCAUUCAAACACCACUUAA